GUACAAGCAGUGAUUGUACCUGAAUUUGACCUCUUGCAAUUCAUUGUACAGCAAAGCUCAGAAGCAGCACAAAGAGCCAAUCUGUCCUGCAUUGCAAAGAGCAUGCUGCAAACUUUAAAGUUUUUCACGUCUGCUUUCCUUUUCAGUUCUGUCGACAAGUCAUCAGAGUCAUUAAGUAUAGGAAAUGGCGAUAACUUACAACAGAUAUUAACAAGUGACACCCCGUCGCCUCCGCCAGGUUUAUCCAAACCCAACACAACCAUCCCCACCAGUUCAGCAAAUCACAGUGCGCGGUCUCCCUUCGAAGAUGCCAUGACAGAAUCACAGUCUCUGUUCUCGGACAACUUUCGGCACCCAAAUCCCAUCCCCAGUGGACUUCCUCCUUUCCCCAGUUCCCCACAGACAUCAAGCGAAUGGCCUACAACUCCAGAGCCACAGAGCCUCUUUACAUCAGAAACAAUCCCGGUCUCCUCAUCUACGGACUGGCAAGCUGCAUUUGGCUUUGGCUCUUCUAAACAGCAAGAGGACGACUUGGGCUUUGAUCCCUUUGAUAUCACCCGCAAAGCCUUAGCAGACUUGAUUGAGAAGGAACUGUCUGUUCAAGAUCAGCCAGCACUGUCCCCCAACUCUAUUCAGAAUCCUCACACUACUGCCAAAGGGCCAGGAUCUGGUUUCCUCCAUCCCACCACAGUCCCCAACGCCAACUCUAUAUCUAGCACCUUUCCUGUUUUACCACAGCGGUUCCCACCCUUUCAACACAGAGCUGUUUAUAACUCGUACAGUUUCCCAGGCCAAGGAGCACGGUAUCCGUGGAUGGCCUUUCCUCGCAAUAACAUCAUGCACUUGAACCACACGGCAAACCCAACCUCAAACAGUAAUUUCAUGGACUUGAGCCACCCUCAACACAACACAGGUCUGGGAGGGAUUCCCAUUUCAGACCACAGCAAUUCAAUAGAAAGUAUAAAUAUGAAGGAAUGGCAGGAUGGUCUUAGGGCCCUCCUGCCCAACAUAAACAUCAACUUUGGUGGUCUCCCCAAUGCUUCUUCCCCUUCCAACGCCACCCACAGUGCACCAACGUCCAACACUGCCACAACCAACAGCCGGAACUGGGACUGCCCGGCCAGCUGGAUGGAUCCCGCUAUCAUUACAGGCAUCCCGUCAUCCACAGGAAAUGGUUUAGAACCUCUGCAAGAUGACAAUCCACCACACUGGUUAAAGUCCCUGCAAGCUCUGACAGAGUUGGACGGCCCCAGUAGCAGUAUACCUCCCCACCACCCUCAUAACAACCUCUUCAGCACACAGAUCCCCCUACACAGAGCAAAUUGGAGCCCAUACCCUCCCCCCACAAACCCUGCCAGUUUCCACUCUCCACCCCCAGGUUUUCAGACCGCCUUCAGACCCCCUACCAAAACACCUACAGAUCUACUACAGAGCUCCACCCUGGACCGUCAUUGAGAAAUAAAGUAUAUGGGACUGCUAGAAUUUGGGAAUUCCUUUCCCCCCUCUCAACAACCCAGUUUCAGUCAAAAUGAAACCCUCAGUGUUUCCCCCUCAUAUAAUUCUCCUCUAACAGUUUCCAGAAUUAUCAAGAAUCUUCAUUUAGGGGAUCACCAACCCCUUCUCCCUCCCCCAAAAAGUUGGCGUUUGAGAGUCUGUCAUCAUUAUGAAGCUUGUUAUUAAAGGUGGCCAACAUCAAAGAGCACCACAAGUUUCCUAAA